GAUUCUCCUCGUCUUCCGGUCGCUCCUGGAGAAGAUAAAGCUCAUUCCGGAACCAAUCGCUCGACCCUGAGACGAUUUACUACGGUUCCCAAAGGGAACGCACAGCCUACUCUUCCUGCGCGACAGUUUGUGUCUUAGCAACUAAGUAUAGCCCCUACGAAAUCGGGCGUUGCGGGUCCUAUCGGAGGGGCUUCGGAAACCUUCUAGCAGUAUCCAGCGUCCUAGGUGAGGGAACUGUCUCCUUCCUUGCCUGGGACUCUGGAACCGUCUCUUUCUAAUGAAACAUGCCCGACCUAUAUGACAGAUUGCUGAAGCUAAAAGAGAUGUUUAACUCUAAGUUUGGAUCCACACCCAAGUUUUAUGUUAGAGCCCCAGGAAGAGUCAACAUAAUAGGUGAGCACAUAGAUUACUGUGGAUAUUCCGUUAUUCCCAUGGCUGUGGAACAAGACAUGUUAAUAGCCGUGGAACCUGUAAAAACACACACUCUCCAACUGGCCAAUACAGACCCCUUGUAUCCAGACUUCAGUACUACAGCUAAUAACAUCUCUAUCGACAAGACCAAACCUCUAUGGCACAACUACUUCCUUUGUGGAUUUAAGGGAAUUCAGGAACACUUUGGCCUUAGUAAGCUGCCUGGAAUGAAUUGCCUGGUAGAUGGAAAUAUACCGCCGAGUUCCGGCCUCUCCAGCUCCAGUGCGCUGGUUUGCUGCGCUGGGUUAGUGACGCUCACAGUGCUGGGGAUGAAUCUAUCCAAGGUGGAACUUGCAGAAAUCUGUGCCAAGAGUGAACGUUACAUAGGUACUGAAGGCGGAGGCAUGGACCAGUCCAUAUCAUUUCUUGCAGAAGAAGGAACUGCCAAGUUAAUAGAAUUUAGUCCUCUGAGAGCGACUGAUGUGAAGCUCCCAAGUGGGGCAGUCUUUGUGAUUGCCAACAGCUGUGUGGAAAUGAACAAGGCAGCCACUUCACAUUUCAAUGUCAGGGUGAUGGAGUGUCGGCUGGCGGCAAAGGUCCUUGCUAAACACAAAGGCUUGCAAUGGGAUAAUAUCCUGCAGCUAGAGGAAGUGCAAAGCAAACUAGGGAUUAGUCUGGAAGAGAUGCUGUUGGUCACAGAGGAUGCCCUUCAUGCUGAACCCUACAGCCGGGAGGAGAUCUGCAGGUGCCUGGGAAUUAGCCUGGAGGAACUCUGCACCCAAAUCCUGACUCCAAAUACUCAAGAUGAACUCACCUUUAAGCUCUACCAGCGGGCCAAGCAUGUGUACAGUGAGGCUGCACGCGUGCUGCAGUUUAAGCAGGUAUGUGAAGAAGCCCCAGACAACACAGUCGAGCUGCUGGGUGAGCUAAUGAACCAGAGCCACAGAAGCUGCCGGGACAUGUACGAGUGCAGCUGCCCUGAGCUGGACCAGCUAGUGGACAUCUGCCGGAAGUUUGGGGCCAAAGGCUCACGACUCACUGGAGCAGGAUGGGGAGGCUGCACUGUGUCCCUAGUGCCGGCUGACGUGCUGCCCAGCUUUCUCGCCAGCGUGCAUGAAGCUUAUUACCAGGGGAACACAUCCCGCCUGGCUAGGGAGAAGCAUAGCUUGUUUGCCACCAAGCCUGGAGGUGGGGCCUUGGUUUUCCUUGAGGCCUAAACAGUGUCAAACAUCUCAGAGAAACUAUUUUGGACAUUCAGGAGCUGGCAGGACUUCCUGUGCUAUACAGUAAAUCAGCCCCUUUUCUGUUUCAUGUUGUGAGGUACGGUUGCUAUUAUCAAGAUGCAUUUCUGAAGAAAUGGUGAAAGCUAGGCUUCAUAAUGACUACUUUUCUUUCUUACCUGUAUUUUUAUGAAUCAGAGCCAAGGAUAUGCUUAAAUAGACCUUUGAAGUAUGAUUAAGAUUUAUUGAUGUGAAGAUUUUAAAGAUGAACAGCAAAAUGUACUUUUAAUUGAACACUCUGCUCCAAUUAAACUGAUAGAGCUGAA